AUGACCUUGUUUAUCAAUGAAUUUCUAUCCAAAAUUGAAUCGCCUCUCAUUAAACAAGAAGAAGUUCUUGAAGAUAACACCAAGCCACGUAACAAAGAGGAUGAGGUUGAAAGUGAAGAGAAUUGUGAAGAGGUGGAAACAACUAAAGAGGAGCACGAGAAAGCGGACCCUGCAUGCAACCUCCGGCGAGCGCCACUCACCGCGACCGCCGCCGCACGACCUACCUCCGUCACCGUCCUUGGCCAUCAAUUCUCUUCCCCUCUCACCACCACCCGUCCUCUCUCUCUCCCUCUCGCUCCUCUCACCCAUCUCACCGCGACCAACCCCUCCGCUGCCACCCCAUCAUCACUGCUGGCGGCUCGCUCCCUCUCUGUUCUUCCUGCACAUUCUCCUAUCAUUCUCCUCUUUCACCAUCACCGUCCCUCCUCCCCUCAGUUUCUCAAACCACCGCGCCAGCCGUCUUCACCGCCACCGUUCACGGCGGUGCCAGUUUCUGUCUCUGCUGCCCCUGCCAUAUCGAUGUCGGAUAAAGGAAAAGCUAUAGCCUCUGCUUCCAAAAAAAGGAAGCGCUCAAAGACCUCUACACCCCCACCAUCUGCUAACUAUGCGAGGAAUCCGCUGAAUGAGGAGGAGAAAGAAAAUCAGUUACUCCCGUCCACUGAUCCAACCAAAUUUCCAAAUCUCUACUGCGAGCUACGCCUCUCCCCCCCAGCUCCUUCAGCACCCGAGCCCACUUACCUACUGGUUCAGCGUCUGUUUCGGUUCUUGGAGCGCGAGAGGCUCCAUGUCAGACGCCGACUGGAUCGGAUGGAUCAGGCACUCAUCUCCCUUGGCGCUGAGUUACCUCCGCUUCCAGACUCUCCGACCUCCGAUGAGCAGGAUCAUCAGGAGGAGGAUGCGGAUGAGCCACGUCAGCGGGAUGCACCUCCAGCUGCCCCUGACACUACAGAGCCACCAUAG